UCGCGUCCCCUCCUCUCCUCCUCCUUCGCCCCACUCUAUUACCCGCCCUUUUCUGCCCUCUUCACACAUACUCCUCUGCUCAGCGCCAUCUCCUCCGUUCCCUUCCCCUGCACCUCUCUCUGAGCUUUGCUCUGCUCCUCGUGCAGACCAGGCUAACGCGAAAGCCACCAGAAAUACCCGCACAAACAUAGCAUAGGCAAGGCACAAGGAUUUUACUCCAUGCCCGUCUUCUUCUAACCGCAUAUACUCAUACUGUUGUCAUACCGGAGCUCGACAUUCCUCUGUAAGAAAGAAAGCAGCACGAGGAGGGCCGCUGGCCAUGGGGAGGCACAAGUUUCGACUGUCCGGCAUGAUCCCCAACGCGUGGUUCUUCAAGCUCCGCGACAUGCGCGGCGCCGCCCCCGCCAGGGCGGGCCAAGGCGCGGGCUCCCCCGGCGGCGCGGCGCGGGCGAGGCCGCCGACGCCGAGCACGCCGCACAGGGCGUCCUACUACUACACGCCGCGCGCGGGCGACCUGCUGCUUGUGGGCUCCUCCCCGCUCCAGCACCGCCCGAGGGCCUCGGACACGCAGUUCCCGCCGCUGCCGCUGUCGCCGCCGAGGCGGUCCAGGUCGUCCACCAGGCGGCGGCCCGUCAAGCUGGCGGCGCCGCCGUCGGCCAGCGGCAGCAGCGCCAUGUCCUCGCCCGUGUCCACCGGGUGCCGCCGCUGCCGGCGCAAGCCAGAGCUCGUGGCCGUCGAGGCGCCCGUCACUCCGCCGCCCUGCCGCCGCGACAAGUUCGUCGGCUACAACGACGACGAUUCCGACUCUGUGGAGAUACUGAAGACGAAGCCGACGGUUGCCAUAUUGCCCGAGGACGACGAGCUCCAGGGCAAGCUGAUCACCUCCGCCACGGACAUCAUCAUCGACCUGCGGACCAACAACAAGACGAGGCCCGACCACGACACCGACAAGCUGCCGCUCCCGCCGAUCGUGACCAAGCCCGCCAGGAGGAAAACGCCGGACGCCGGCUGCGAUCCUGAAGACAAGCACGUCGACAUCAAACCGAGGCGGUCUGUGUCGUCAUCGGCGCGCCGGCUCAAGACGCGCGCGAACACGCCGCGCGUGUCCAAGAAGUCCUCCAGCAGGCCGCCGGCGCCUGCAACGACGAACACGAAACCGCAGGCGCAGCCGCCUCUGGCGGAGAGCUUCGCGGUGGUGAAGACGUCGCGGGACCCGAGGAGGGACUUCCGGGAGUCGAUGGAGGAGAUGAUCGCGGAGAACGGCAUCUGCACCGCCGCCGACCUCGAGGACCUCCUCGCCUGCUACCUCUCCCUCAACGCCGCCGAGUACCACGACCUCAUCGUCGACGUCUUCGAGCAUAUCUGGGCCAGCCUCGCGGACAUCAAGUUGUAGCUAGUAGAAAUCCAGGGCAAUGCAGUGCGCGGCUCUUGCUUGCAUGCAUGUUGAAAUCCCCUGCGUGAACAAGAGCUGUCCUUCUUACUUAAUUAGCUCUUGUUAAUGAUCCUAAAUUGGGUACGAUAUAUAUUCCCCCAAGCCUGUGAAGCCAUGCUGUUCUUUCCUCCCUAGUGUACCAGCACCACAGUGCUACUUUGUUCGAUCGAGACCAAACCUGUGAUAAGGUUCGGGCGUACAAGUAAACAGUAGAGUAACUGAUGGGUUGUACUACUCCGUAGAAGUAGACUAGAAAUGUACGAUCGUAAAGACAACUGUUGAGAAUAUUAAUUCCUAGUAGUCUGAUUAAGCUUGAACAGUUAAUAUUCUGCAAGUUGUUGAUUUUAGUGGUGCUAGGUGGCCUCGUAUAGCUAGGCUCAUAUGUCCAGUGACCACUAUUACUUGUACUCAUUGUAAACACGUUUUAUUAGCUCCAGUUGAAAACUUAUUGAGUA